CAUUUAAAAUUAUCAUUGUAGAUAUCUUUGAGUGUUUUUCCAAUAUUUUCCAUUUUAUUCGUCUUUUGUUUUUAGACUUUUAAUUACUCUGAACUGUGGAAGUAUCUCGUGCCUGAAGCGUGCCGUGUAAUACUGUAUACUGUAUAUAUACGUACUAUUUCACUCCAAGUGCCGAAGUGCAGAUCUAAAGUCGCUGUGUGUAAACCCGCUCUCUGAUCAAUGAAUCUCUCUGUCUCUUUCUCCGGAGAAAUAAAAAUUCACUUUAAAAACAGAAAAUUCUCUGUAAUUGAAGAAACAUGAUUUUUUCGCGCUCGAUAAAAGCGAAAUUAAUUAAUUAAUCAAUGAAUGUGUGUAAGAUACUUCUCUAAUUAGUCAUCAUCAAUUAUAAAGCAAAAAUGUAUAACAUUGUGUUAAUAUUGAUUCAUGGAUAAGCGGAUUGAAUAGUAAAGAUAACUGAGAUAUUUGCAGUUGACACAGUGCCAUUGUCUUGAAAACUUCAGUGUUCACGAAGAUGGGUGCGGGAAAAAGUCAAUUUACUGAAGAAGAACUACAGGAUUAUCAAGAUUUAACAUAUUUCACAAAGAAGGAAGUUUUACAUGCGCAUCAGAAAUUCAAAGCACUUGCGCCAGAAAAAGUCGGACACAAUAGAAACGCGAAGCUUCCAAUGUCUAAAAUUUUGCAAUAUCCCGAAUUGCGAGUCAAUCCUUUUGGAGAUCGAAUCUGCAAAGUCUUCAGUUCUAGUCAAGACGGUGACUGCACCUUUGAAGAUUUCUUGGAUAUGAUGUCUGUGUUCAGUGAUGCUGCUCCGAAAGCAGUAAAAGCCGAACAUGCAUUUAGAAUAUUUGAUUUUGAUGGUGAUGAUAUGCUCGGUGUUGGAGAUCUGAGACAAGUGGUGGACAGAUUGACCGCACCUCAGAGAUUAAGUGACAAUGAUAUGCAGCAGCUACUCCAGUAUGUUCUCGAUGAAGCCGAUUUGGAUGACGAUGGUGCUCUGAGUUUUGCAGAAUUCGAACAUAUUAUAGAAAAGAGCAGCGACUUUUCCAAGAGUUUCCGCAUUCGUUUAUAAACGUCUGCUAUCAGUAACAAGAAAUAGUCAACAAAAGACUGAACAUUGAUACAUCUUUAAUAACAACCGUAGACACACAAGCAUACAUGUCAUUACAUUCUAAGAAAAGAAAUAAAUAAUAUGCAUACUUGUGCCAAGGGGCUCUGCAAUUAAGCCUAAGCCAAAGAACACCAAAACCAAUUCUCUUUUUAUUAAGCUGAUUUAUUGAAGUUUAUAUAGAAAUUUUCUUUAUAAAAAGAUUUUUCUUACAAAUUGUUAAUAUACAUAUAAGAAACUCUCCGUCAAACUUUAUACAUUUGCGUUACGUAAACAUACAUACAAAUGUGUGGAAAAAAAAAUUCAAAUCCAUUUUUGAUCAGCUUAUGUAUUUUAAAAGAGGAUUAUUAUUUUUACAAAACUGUUUCUUUUUUUUUUUAUAAUGCAUAAUGAAAUUGAUAUGUUACAGAACUUCAUUUCGAUGUUAAUUGGUGCUCUUAAUUAUGUCAUUAAACUCAUCACAAUUAAAAUUCAUUUUUUGCAGCUUGGCUUGUUUGUAUAUAGACUAUUUAUGUAUUUGCAAAAUAUACCCGUAUUUAUGAUGACUGAUAUUUAUAAAUGUUACUCGCCGUAUUAUAUAUUUAACA